CGCAAUGUUGAGCUUCCCAAGUGUUAUUGCUGUUCUUGCAAGCCUGCUGGUCCUCUAUCCGGGAUCGGGAUCGGGAUCGGCCCAGUUCCUUGAUCAAAAUUGCGGGAAAACGCGCAACGGACAUUCCCCACAGACAUUGGGUCCCUGGACGGCCCUUUUGCAUAGCAACGGACGCAUCGUUUGUGCCGGAACCCUGAUCCAUCCGAAAUUUAUCUUGACAGCGGCGAACUGCAUUAAGAAUGGUGAAACCCUAAAAGUUCGCCUUGGGGAAUAUGGCCGUGUGGGUGCAGAAAAGCCUGAGGAACAUAGUGUGCGUUUAGAUUUCCGGCAUCGUCGGUACAAUAACGCGACACUGGAGAACAACAUUGCACUGAUGAUGCUGACCAGGUCGGUGCAGUACAAAGCACACAUUAAACCCAUCUGCAUAGUCUUGGACCCGUCUUCGAAUUGGUUAAAGCUUGUCGAGAGCAAUUUCAAGGUGUUAACCGGAGCCGCCUGGGACCAGAAGAACAAGUCGAGGUACCGGAGCGGGGAUUUCCAUGCCACAAACAUUACGCGCUUGCCCCAAAACGAAUGCCCAGCUAACCUUAAGGUUCAGGACAAGUUUCAGUUCUGUGGAUGGAACCCAAAGGCGCCAUCCUCCUGCGAAGGUCCUUCUGGAUCGGCCUUGAGCCAGGUUAUAACCAACGAGUUUGUCUAUCAGAUCGGCAUUGCAAGCUUCAACGACGUAGACUGCGAGCACACGCGCAUCUACACGGACGUGCCGCGCUAUUCCGAGUGGAUCUUGAAAACUGUGUACCUAUACGGCGGUUCGGUGGACCAAAGAAGACACAAGCCUGUUGUUUUUCCUACUGACUCCUCGAAGACUGUGGUUGUUCCUACUGGCUCCUCGAUGAGGUCGCGGCGAACACUUACGAAUUCAGCGAACAAGAAGAGUGUGUUCUGGGGUAAAAAGGGACGGAACUCUCCGAGGAUGGCUUGGACCGAAAUGAGGUGGGCUGUUGCUGGAAUCGUGGCAGUGUUAUUCGUCUGCCUGCAAGUCUCCGUUGGAGAAGAUGGGUUCCAGCUCCUGGAAAGAGAUUGCGGACGCUUAUCAGAACCCAAGUAUGGCUCGGACCUUAAUGAUGACAUGGGACCAAGAAUUAUCAAUGGGGUUGAUGCAAAGUUUGGAGCACAUCCCUGGAUGGCCUAUAUCCGCACUCCCCUUUAUUUCACCUGUGGAGGAUCGCUGAUCAGUCAUUGGUUCGUUUUGACGGCAGCACAUUGUGUAAAAGAUGACCCCCUAAUUGUUAUAUUAGGCGAAUACAACAGAGACCAAGAGGAAGACUGCCUGGGCAACUUGUGUAUGGAUCCCAGCGAGGAGUAUGACGUGACUCUGGCCAUCAAGCACAAAUUCUAUGAUUUAAAACAACACACCAACGACAUUGCACUGCUGCGUCUUGAUCGUCGGGUGACAUACAAAGCUCACAUCCAACCCAUCUGUGUAUUUGUUGACUCGAAAAUGAAGCCACUGGUUGACAGGGUCACAUGGUUCAAUGCCACCGGCUGGGGAUACACCAGUCCAGGGAAAACAUCUCGCGUUCUCCAAGAACUUAGACUUAACCGGAGGCCAUACGAAAGCUGCGAACGGAUGUUUGGCAAGCUCAUGUCAUCCACCCAGAUUUGCUCUGGAAAUGAUGACAGCAACCUGUGCAACGGCGACUCUGGCGGUCCCCAGGGCCGGGAAAUGGCCUACGGUGGCAGACGGGUCUACGUACAGCUGGGCAUCGCCAGCUUCACCAAUCGGCAGUGCGAAAACGUUAGCAUACUCACCGAUGUUGUUAGCCAUGGCAAUUGGAUAAAGCGUGUGGUCCGAAGGUACAGCAUUCCCGAUGAUGAAGCUCCGGGUAGGCCAGCACAGAGGGAGUCGCUCGAAAGAAAACCCACCUUUUAUCAUCCAAUAUAGUCAAGUUUCCGGAUG